AUGGCUAGACUUUAUGAUUUGGGUUUCUCUGGCCACAUAUUCACUUGGAGAAGAGGCAAUGUUUGGGAAAGAAUAGACAGAGCUCUUGCUAAUGAUCACUGGCUAAAUGACUUUUUGUACACAACUGUCUCCCAUUUAUCCAUGACUGGUUAUGAUCACAGACCCCUUCUAAUCUCCAUUAACAGCUCCAUCAACUCCACCAAAGCAAAUUUCAUAUAUUUAAAUGUCUGGUCAUCUCAUCCUGAUUUUAUGAACCAAGUUACUUCUGUUUGGGCCAUCUAUCAUAAUGACAACCCAUGGGUGAAAUUAUGGAUUCUGCAUAAGAAACUUGCUGCUAAACUCACGUCUUGGAACUGGCAGACUUUUGACAAUUUGAAUACUAGGGUGGUGGAAGCUGAGGCCAUUGUGAAUGAUUUGGAAUACAAGCUUAGUCAAAAUCCUAAUUUCGAAACUGACCUUUAUAAUGCUAAUGAAGGCUUACUUAAUGCUAUCCAUUUGCAGGAGCAACUUCUUCACCAGAAAGCAACACAAAAUCAUUGGGGGACAGAAACUCAAGCUAUUAUUGAUAAUGCUGUUGAACAUUUCCAAAAGCUUUUCACAAAGAGUGAGGUGGUCAGGACUGAAGUUAAAGGUAAUCUGUUUGACCAUUGCAGACAUUAUACCUCUACCCUCAAACUUGCUGAUAUUCCUUCUGAAGAGGAGAUUAAGACAACCUUGAAUUCAAUUGAUAGCAAUAAAGCUGCAGGUCUUGAUGGUUUUUCAGCUGAUUUCUACAAAACUGCCUGGAAUGUCAUCAAAAGUGACGAUAUUGAUGUUGUGCAAGCCUUUUUCACUGGACAAGAACCCAUUAAAUACUUCACUUCCUCCAUUAUUGUCCUCAUAACCAAAGAGACUGUUUGCAACAGAUGGGAUCAGUUCAGACCCAUAAGUCUCACCAGUGUGAUAUCCAAAAUCAUUAGCAAGGUCCUUGUGGCCAGAAUUCAACCCCACCUGAAUAGGAUCAUCAACAACAAUCAAACUGCCUUUAUCAAAGGAAGAAGCAUUGUGGACAAUGUUCUUUUAUCCCAUGAAUUAUACCAAGACUUGGAUAAAAGAUGCAGGGGGAGGGAAUAUGAUCUACAAAUUAGAUAUUUGCAAAGCUUAUCACACCAUUCACUGAGAUUUUUUUGA